AUGUUGGUGCGGGUCAGUAAGUUUCGCCGCCUUACCACGGAGAACCGCGAAGGAAUUACCAAUGUCUACAUCCGAGGCUUCCUCCCAGAUAUUACCGACGAAAUGCUUCAUGCCUAUGCCGUUCGAUUUAGAAAUAUCGAGCGUUGCAAGGCCAUUGUCGACCUGGACACAAGUCUUUGCAAAGGGUAUCUGAGACCCGUCAGCCCAUUGCUGCAUUAUGCGGACCCUUCUUCUCACUUUUCUGAGAUGAGGAUCUGCACGAUGCCUUCUGGUUGUCUGCAUGGCGCUGAUAAAUUAGAGGGCUAUGGUCUGAAAAAUCAGUCAAUUCCCUACUAG